UAGUAAUAUAUUUUUUAAGACAAUUAUGAGAAAGAAAAUUGAUAGAAUUAAUUUAGAAUUUGAAAAACCUUAAGUAAAAUUCAUUGAACAAUUCAGAAUGAGAGUGAACGGAGGAAGUAAUAUAGAUUCAUAAAAUUACAAAAUUGAAGAUAAAAUUUAAAAGAAAAUCAAAAACAAUGAUGAUGAUCCACUUGUUAUAUAAUAAGAUGAAGAUGAAGAUAAAUAUGAUGUAGAAAAUGCUUUAGUUAUUGAUGGAAAUGGAAAUGAUGGUAAUCUCGAAUUUAAUAUGAACAAAUUCAAACCUGAAUAUGUAGGAUCAAAAAAAUAAAAGAAAUAGGAUUAAAAAAGCAAGAAUAUUAAGUCUGUUAUUGGACAAUAAGAAGAAAAAAAUGAAAAAGAGAAGUAGGAAGAAGAUUUAAAAAAAUAAUUUGCUUAAUUAUCACAAACCUAGAAACCUACUUUAGCGAAGAAAUCAAAAAUAGAUGAAAUUGUAAAGAAAACUAAUAAACCAACAAUACUUUCUUUUGAUUAGGAUGAUUUUUGAU